AUGAAAAGCUGGAAUCUGACCUGCAGACCGAAGCUGUCGAUGGGGAACCAUCAUCACUGCCACGCCAACAUGACGCGCGAGCCCGCGGUCAGUAACGCGACGGCGGUGCGGCGCGACGCGGGGUUCGCGGGUCCGGUGCUCGCGCUGCUCACCGGGAUGAUGGUCGUCCUGAUCGCGCUGAUCGUGUGCGGAAACGCGCUGGUCAUCGUCGCCUUCAAGAUGGACAAGAGUUUGCGCAAACAGAGCAAUUAUUUCCUGCUAAACCUGGCCAUCUCAGACUUCCUCGUGGGUGCUUUCUGCAUACCGGUGUACAUGCCCUACAUCCUGACAGGGAAAUGGAUGCUGGGAAAAGGACUUUGCAAGCUGUGGCUUGUUGUCGAUUAUCUUCUCUGCACUGCUUCAGUCUUCAACAUCGUUCUUAUCAGCUACGACCGCUAUCUAUCUGUUACAAAAGCGGUGUCUUAUCGCGCCAAACAAGGCAUGACGCACUUUGCCGUAUUAAAGAUUGCAGUGGUCUGGAUUCUGGCCUUCCUCCUCUACGGACCGUCCAUCUUAUUCUGGGAGCAGCUGACGGGCCGGAGUCGAGUCCCAGACGACGAGUGUUUCGCAGAGUUUUACUACACCUGGUACUUCCUCCUCUCAGCUUCAGUGAUCGAGUUCUUUGUGCCUUUUUUAUCGGUGGCGUUCUUCAACAUCAGCAUCUACGUCAGCAUCCGCCAGAGGAGACUCGGCAGCAGGAGCGAAUCUAAAUGCCACAAUUCUGCAACUCUAUACAGAGACAGGACGCAUAUGAGUACCAGAAUCUGCUGGAACUCUUUAGCUCUAAAAAAUAAAAGUACAGCAGAUGGAGAGAAGCGUCCGGAAAGCGACGGUCUCUCGAUGCGAUGUGUACAGCGCUCGCGUUUACGACAGGACAAGAAGAUCGCCAAGUCUUUAGCUAUCAUCGUGUGCGUGUUCGCGGUGUGCUGGGCGCCGUAUACGCUGCUGAUGAUCGUGCGGGCGGCGUGCAGAGGCGACUGUGUGUCCCAGCAUUGGUAUGAGGUAACGUUCUGGCUGCUGUGGCUCAACUCCGCCAUCAACCCAUUCCUGUACCCGCUGUGCCACAGUAGCUUCCGCAGGGCUUUCUUCAAGAUCCUGUGCCCACGGCAGAGCACCACCAUUCCCCUGACAGACCACGCAGCCAGCACACACAGAUAG